GAGAGAGAGAGAGGAUGGAGGAAGGAAGGAUGGAGGGAGGGAGGAUGGGUUUCGUCCCGUCGCCUCGCAGCUUCAUCGCACUUUGGGUUCCUGAACACCAAAGCGUCUUGUUGUUGACUCCACGGGAGCAAGUGGCGCUACAAAAAGAAGAAGAAGAAGAAGAAGAGGAGGAGGAGCAGGCGGGAUGGUCCCAUGAGAAGAUCACAGCACGCCACGGCGGCCAUGGAGAGGCUAAAGGGUGCCGGGGAUCGGGCGGGAGGCUGCUGCAGGGCUGCCCGCGGGUGGCGAGCCCUGCUCCUGCCUCAGCAGAACCGCCAGUCGCUCUACAUGUACGGCAGCGAGGUGGCCGUGGAGCAGGAGUGCAGGCGGCAGCUGCAGAGCGGCGUCUUUGUCAUCCACCCGUUCAGCCUCAUGAGGAGCUACUACAUCAUGGGCAUGAUGGCCGUCACCUUCCUCAACCUCAUCGGCAUCCCCAUGGAGAUCGCCUUCCUGGAUGGCACCAGCGGGCUGGCGUGGGAAGGCUUCAACGUCUUCUCCGACACGCUCUUCCUCGUCGAUGUGGCCCUCAACUUCCGCAUGGGCAUCAUCCCGGAGGAUGGCGAGGAAGCUAUUCUGGACAUCAAGCAGAUCCGAGUGAGCUACCUGAGGACAUGGUUCAUUCCCGACGUUAUUGCCGCCUUCCCUAUCGGCUACAUACUGCUGUUUGCGGGCUUACACUACCACAAUGACGACAACCCUUCCAAGACCACCAGGAUGAUGAGGAUCCUCAUGUUUGUGCGCAUCCUCAGCCUGAUCCGACUGGCCCGGGUGUCCAGGCUGGUCCGCUUCUUCAAUGAAGUUGAGAAAGUGUCCAACGCUAACCUGGAGGUGGUGCGUCUGUUUUUCCGCGUGCUCUCGCUCUUCAUGAUGAUCUUCCUGCUGUGCCACUGGAACGGUUGCAUCCAGUACUUUGUGCCCAUGCUGGAGGAGUUCCCCACCGACUGCUGGGUCCGCAAGGAAAACCUGAUGAACGCCACGGUCAUCGUCAAGUACUCCUGGGGAGUCUUCCGGGCUCUUUCCCAGAUGAUCGCGCUGUCCUACGGCUCCAUGGACGCCCCCACAAAUUACGUGGAGAUGUGGAUCGUCAUGGUCAGCAUGGUGUCCGGCUGCCUGAUGUACACCGUGCUGGUGGCCAACGCCACCGCCAUGAUCGCCAACACCGACCCCGCCUCCAAGGAGUACAAGAGCAAGAUGUCUCGCCUGGAGCACUACAUGACAUUCAUGAAGCUCCCUCCAGAGCUGCAGCUCCGCAUCACUAACUACUACCAGGCGCGCUACGGCGGCAAAUGGUUCGACGAGCAGGAAGUCAUGCACACCGUGUCGUCGGCGCUCAAAGAGCAACUCCUGACGGUGAUGUGCAGCCGCCUGCUGAGGAACAUGCCGCUGUUCCGCAGCCGGGAUGAGAACUUCCUCAACAGCGUCAUCCACGAGCUGGAGUACGAGUUGUACCAGGAGGGCGACGUCAUCGUGCGGGAGGGCGCGCCGGGUGACCGCAUGUUCUUCAUCGACCACGGCCAAGUGCUGGAGGAGAACGACUCCUUCCGGAGGGAAUUGUGCGACGGCGAUUUCUUUGGAGAAGUGUGCGUGCUGUCCAGAGGCAAACAUCUGGCCACAGUGAAGGCGCUGACCGACUGCCAGUGCUUCAGUCUGUCCUGGGACGACUUUCAGGAGGUGCUGCAGGGCUUUCCGGAUGUCAGGAAGGACUUGGAGGAGAUGGUGGAGUGCGAAUAUUUGGGCGCGGGAUUUUUGUGAGGAACCAGGAAGUGGACUGCACCUCAACCGCAACGUUAGCGAUAACUCUCUACUAUUUGACAUAUCUACCGUAGCCAUGAGUCUUCCGAUUCACCACUAUUCAGCAAUAAUCAAUAAAGAUCUAAUACU